GCCUCGAGAUUCUGGCAUUCCCAUGCAAUCAAUUUGGCUCGCAGGAACCUGGAAGUAAUGAAGAGAUUCAACAGUUCGCCUGCACUCGCUUUAGGCUGAAUAUCCCAUAUUUGAUAAGAAGACCGAGUAAAGCUUUCAGCUUUGUUACUACAGACCUUGUUCUUCUUGACUUUGUGCUUUGGGUCCAGAUUGACGUCAAUGGUUCAAAUGCUGCUCCAUUAUACAAGUUCCUGAAGUCGAGCAAAGGAGGAAUUUUUGGAGACGGUAUCAAAUGGAACUUCUCCAAAUUCCUGGUUGAUAAAGAGGGGAAUGUUGUCGAUCGCUAUGCUCCCACUACUUCUCCUCUUGGCGUCGAGAAGGAUAUAAAGAAACUGCUGGGAAUUGCUUAG